ACCGCCAUUACGGUAGUGGCCUUUUGACAGUGUUUACGUUAGGUUGUGUCGCGUCAGACUCUGUAGUAGGUCAUGUUUUGUCGCAUAUCGACGGUUGUCUAAUCGGAGAAAAUGGACUGAUUAUCAUCUCUAGAGGAAUAUCUACAGAUACCUUUCAUAGAGAACGUUCACGUACUGAGUUGCAAGAAGCCCACAAAGAGCAAGAUAACACAUUGAUGUGAUUUGUCGUCUCAGCUGAUUUCGACAGACUAAGCACUGCCCGGAUGACAAGAGGAUAUAGAGAGAUUCGAUUGACGUGUCGCCAAACUGGGUUUCCAUCUUAGUGUUGUCAUUGAAUGAAUUUGUUGAUCUCGGCUGUGGUGGCGACGUCGGCGGGUUAGCCAUCUGAAGAAGUGGCAGCAGGAGCAGCGUCAGCGUCGGCAUUGCUCGCAUGCUAGUUGGUGGAGGCGGUGUUUGGUGGUGUAUGACCGUCGCCGGAGUGACGAAGUCUUCGGUAUGGUAACCGGAUCUGGAUCCAGCGGGGACUUCCGCAUCGGUUCGUCUUCGUCAGCGCAUUCCGCGUCUUCGUCAGUGCUUCCUGCCCCCAACAGCCUGCAGUAUGGACCGUCGAGCACUCCUUCCCUGCCCUUCUUCACUUCCGUCAACCCAGCCCUUCCUCAGUCCACGCCAGCUGCUUCGUCGUCGUCCACAGAUGAUGAUGGCAACAGCUCUUUAGCCAGGUUGGCCGGAGAGACUCUGAGCAAAGCCCUCUACUCCUCCAUCCGAGAUAUUUACUGGAGGAUGACCAAUUACACCUGCCAGGCCAACUGCUCGGGCAGGGGCGAGUGCCUCAACGGCACCUGUUUUUGCCUCGUCCAAUACGAAGGGGACACGUGUCGUGACCCCAACAUGGCAUAUUUUAUAUCUUUCGCCACCGUCUUUUACCUGAUUGCGGCCGUGAGCUUAGCUCAGCUGGUGGUAUGCAUCCGGGCAGAGUACAGCCGUCAAAAGACGCCCAAUCUCCGAAGGGCGUGUAGGGUAACCAACCAAAAACUGCUCUACGUCAUAACCUUUAUUGCCGCUACUUUAAGGGGCGCUUAUUUCUCGUCGCCUGCUAAUGCUGACUUGACCCUGGCAGCAUCUUUUAUGAGUUCUUUCUACCCGAUUAUACUCACCGCGGGGUCGCUCAUCGUCUGUUUCUGGGCUGAGGCAUUCCACCUGCAAGACAUCCGUUGUGAUCGGCCGAGAUUCCUGAGCAAGUCCUUCGUAGGAUUCAUGACUUUCAACGUUGUCACUUACUCGUUGUUCAUCGCCGAAAUCAUCCUCACGCGAGGAACCAGCACAGAGGAAGGAAGGAACUUCUUGACACUCGUAUUUAAUGGGUGUUAUGCUGUCCUGCUCUUCAUUGUGGUGGUGUUCUUCCUGAUUUACGGAGUGGAGGUUUAUUUCAAGGUGCGUGGGGGCUUCGUGAAUGACACCGUUAUUGUGGGCAAUGUUCAUUCCCGUACACCUCUGCAGGCCCAUCUACAUCCCCCUCUUCUUGAUGAAGUAGAUCCUGACGGGCCCUCAUCCUGUUCCUCCCCUACCUCUCCAUCCUGCUCAACCUCCUCAGCCCCCUCUUCUCCUCUUGCUUCUCCCUCCUCACCAACAUUGUCCAAAGCAGGCAAAGUCAAAUCAUCCUCCAGAGAGCAAGAACAAGACCCAUCCACUCAGCGUCUUGUGCCAGAGCAGUUGCAGGUGGUCAGUGAAGUCCAAGGAACUGCUUCAGCACAUCCAGGGAUUGACCAGUCACAGCUUAGCCAGUCACGAUUUGGAUUGGUAUUCCAAGCAUGCAUGCUGAUGAUCACCGUCUGUUUCUUAUUCUCUGACGUAUUGGGUGUUUUCUGGAAAAAUAGAGUACCCUUGAUGUCAAGAAAUGCAUAUGAUAUCAUCUUCCGUGUGGUUGAACUUGGGGUGGCCCUUUGGUUCCCAUGUGUCCUUUGGAACUGUAUGUCCCCAGAACAGUUGUGGAUCCUCAAUCCUAAGAAAAUUCUCAAGAAACUGGACAUUGACCGAACGCUUGAACUUGGACAGCCACUGCCUCAAAAAACUGAUGGAAGCAGCAAUAGUGGAGCUGAAUGUUGGAUCUGCUAUGACAAUGAGAGGACAGAUGCAGGUCCCCUUAUCCAGCCCUGUGAUUGUCGAGGAGAUGUUGGUGCUGUGCAUCACAACUGUCUCAGAAAAUGGCUGAUGGAGUGUGCUGAAAAUUCAUCUGAGAACUUGUCAUGUAAAGUCUGUGGGGCUGUGUAUGAGCUUGAGAAAGGUCGUGCUUUCUGGAUUGGCCAAGGGUUCACUGCUCGUCACUGGCUGCAGACAGCCUUCCUUGUAACUGUCAUGUGUGGCACAAUAGCAGGCACAUGGGCUGUUGUCCAGAUGUAUGAUGAUGCAUAUAUUCGAUCAAUAGCUGCUGGAGUCACGCUUCUUGUCAUAUAUGUGUGCUUAAGGUUUUUGGGCUUCAACACCUUUAGUGCAUACCGAAGGGCCAGGUACUCUGCUGUCAAAAUUAUUGGCCGUCAUUUUGGCCAGCGUGAAGCCCCAGCAAUUGCGUCCCAGCCAGCAGGUACCGUUGGUGGUUUCUCCAACGUUGCUACAAUAAGUUCUGAAGUUUCAGUGGAUAUGAAUGCUACUGGCAUCCCCAAACUUCCUGAAUCUUCCAUUUAACAGCCAAAAUUAUGGAACGGGAGAUAUACGUUACUGCAAAAAUUCCAUGUACAGAUGUUAGUGUUGUAUUGUAUCCUUCAGUACCAUAGUGCUUAUUUCUUAGACACUGUUUCAGUGUGAUAAGUUUCAAGUGAAUCACAUGACACUAGGGUGGUAUGUUGGGCAAAAUGUAAACUUUUACCUUCCUAAGUGAUAAUAUAAUACUAAUUACCAGUAAUUGUGUAGUGACCUAAAUAGUAUUAUGGUAACAAGUUCGUCCAUGGCAACAGCUCUUGAGCUGCAAGUUAUUUAUGUCUGUCCAUAUGAACUAUAAAUAGAAAACUACAUUUCCAAAGGGUAGUGCUUCAUUUAAUGUAAUGAGUAGUAGGUGCAGUAUUUGAACUCAUAUGCUACAGUAUUUUGAAAAAUCAGUUGACAUAGUGAGUGAAUGUGCAGAUGGAAUAGUACUUGAAACUCUAUUCAUCAAAUAUGCACUGUAGUUUUUAGCAUGGAUUCAGUGCAGACUGUGCUAUUCAUUAGUUACAAAUGCAGAAAACUCAUUCUAAGAUUUAACUUCAUAAUGUAUCGUCCUUUAAAUAUGGACAAGGUUUAUAUAAACUCUUAGAAAAUGUAUCCAUUGUGAAGAGUUUGUGGAAAUUUUUUAUUGAGUUGAAAUGCAAAUUUGAGUAAGCCUUGAAAUGCAGAACCAAUUUUGUACAUAGCCAAUUUGCUGAACCAGUAUGAUCAAUUACCAAAAGCAUUUUAUCUCACUGGAGAUAAGGGUAGAAAAUAUUUUCAAGUGAACAGUUUUGGCAUAUUUUUCAGCAAGAACAAAAUUAAUUUUUUCAUGUAACUUGGAGAUUUAAUGAUAAAAGUGCCAAGAUAGACAGAAAAGAAAAACUUCUCAGGUGGUAGCUAUUUUAGAUAUAUCUGUAAACAGCUGCCAGUGAGUGUGCUUGAUUAGGCUAUUGCAGUGAUAGAGCAUAGCAUAGUUUAUUUGGCCUCCAGGAGUAGAUGUAGUCAACAGCCCUUAAUGAAGUAGUUUUGCAAUGUUAUGGUAUCACAGGCAGUGCAAGAUCAUCCCAUAUAAGUAAUUAUGCAAGCAACAUUUGAAGACCAUUAUUAGGUAGAGGCCUCUGUUAACUUAUUUGUAGAGUGAGGCAAUUCAAUACAUUCCUAUGAAAGUUUGACUGGAGGAUGUGUUGCAGUUGUAAUGUAUCCCUGAAGCUAUGAGGUAAUCAAAGCUGUCUUUUAAACUGGAAGCAAAUGCUUUCUUUGGGAUUUCUCUCUUGUGGAACAGGCUACCAUUUGAAUUGCAUGUUACACUUGCAAUAAUUUUCAGCUGAUUUACUCAGGCUUUCAGGAAUUCAUAUUCAUGUUUUAGCUUCAAUUUCAGCUGGUGAAGUUUGUCAUCUCUUUUAGACUAAGUGAGAGGAUUAUUCUAAGUAAACCAAAUGCAGAAUAUUAAUGUAUAAAUCUUAAGAAUGGGCAGUUGGUCAUGAAACUAGUGUGAGGUAAUAAGUUGGAGUUGUAUGUUAAUUUUUUUAAAAGAUAAAGCAUUAUUGUUAGAGCUGUAGUACAGGAAAUAUGGGUUUAAAUCACUCGUUACGAACCAUCUAAUAAUGAUAUUAAUGUUAAUACAUAUUAUUAUGAUUCAUUAGUUUCCAUACUAUCCAGCUUUCUUUCACUUUAGUAAUAAUUGUUAUUUUUCAUAUAUCCUGCUAAGGAUUUUUUAACAUUUUGUGUAUCGGCCAUAAAAAAUUGAAGAUCACCGAUUUUAUUGAUGAAUUACUCAACAUAAGCCGAAGCUUUAAAGAAAAUUUCAUGUGCAGUACAGUAGUAUUUGGUAAGACAAACCAAUAUAGUAUAUCAUUUGUGCACUCUUAUGUAUAUCCAUCUUUGCCUUUUAUGUUUUUUACCAUUUUGUGUUUGAUAGAUUUUAACAUUAGUAGGUAUGUGCCCAUUCUGCAGCUUUCAAUGAAAUUUAAAGUUAGCAAAAAAAUUGUAUUUCAGUAAAAUCAGUCAUUAAUCUAAAGAUGUUGGGGAUUUCAUUGCAAUUUUCUUUGUGUUAUGACAUUAACAUUUAUAAAAAUGUCAACUUCAAAUUGUUAUAGUAUUGAGGCUCAUGAAAAUGUUUACCUUAUUUUAUGCAAAACAUUCACAUGGACAAAUAGAUCUUUAAGAAUACGAAUGGUAUUCUGUUGAUGAUUUAUGUAAUCUUCUUAGAUUAACAAAAAGUUCAAUGUAAUUAGUACCAACAGCAAUUGAUGUAAGGCAGUAAUUUUCAUCAGAAAUUGUUCAAAAAACUUGAAUUGGUAUAUUUUGAUUAAUUAGAAAUAUCCUCUGUAAAAGAAAUAAGUGUAACAUAAAUUGAUACUGCGCUUAUGAGAGCAUUCAGUUUGUGAUCCUGUUGUAUGUCAGGUAUGAGAACCAAAAUAUGUAGUAAAUGCUAGACCUACUCCAGAGUUGUUACUGGUUUUUUCCAUGGCCGUUGUAAUUGCCAUUUGGAGUUUGCACUGAUUUACAGUAAAUCUUGAAUGGGCUGUUGACUGGAAAUUUCUGGUUUGUGAGAAGAAAUUUUGAAGGUUUCAUGGUUCUAAAUAAAUUGUUUAAGUACUUUUGAAUUACUUUUAACAUUCUGUUAAGUUGGCUGCCAUUUUUUCUUACACUGUGAUAGUAGCUUAAAUGACAUAUAAUAAGUUUGAGAAGAUGGUAGCUGUUUUAUAAAGAAUUAAGGAAUUUAUAUUUAUAUUUUUCUUUGGAAAAAUAUUUUAAAAAUUUGUAUGUUCUCUUGCAGCACAUUGUCAUCCUUAUAGAAAAAAUAUGUUGAGUUUUGACAGUAUUGACCACAAAAUUCAUGUCAUUGUACCUUUUGAAGUCAUAAAUACCGAGUUGCUUCAAGAACAGAUGCUGUACUUUUUACAUGAUUAUCUUGCUGCAUUACUAGUCAUUCAUAAUUCAGCAUAUUUAGAGAUAUGCUUCUCUUGGUUAUUGUGUAUGUGUCCAAAGUGAGGUAUUUUGGGAGGAUUUUCUCUGAAUAAAAUUUUUUUCCCCUUUUAUAUUCCCAUCAUAGAAUAUUUGCUCUUGUUAAUAUUUUCAGCAUAGUAUAGGCCAGUAGCUGAAUAGAUGAUUUUCCUUUCAUCCUACAUUAGGAAAUGAUGGACUUGAUAAUACCUAAUCACAGUUGUAUAUGUACUGUAGAUCUUUUUUAUUGUGUAUUAUUAAUUAAACUUAUUGUAGAUAUACCCCCCCAUUCAUUAAAACUUAUGUACAUGAAGCCACAAGUAUUCGCUAUAAUUAUAUACUGAAUGACUAAUAUUCUGUAAAGUAAAUGAGAAUUUAAAAAGAAUAAUAUGGAUUAUUCAGCACUGGUUAGACGAAUCUCCAGUUUUGUUAAAAAUAAUUAAAUUAUACUCUGAUUAAAAAUUAUGAAUUUUGGAGACUUUGACAGCUGCAUUGCAGUAUCUGAGCCUUUAUUUCUUAUUCCAAUUCAGAAAUGCAUUUUUAUCCAUUGUUUUGCUUGCUUUUAUCAUUUCAUCCAACUUGUGGCAGGCUUAGGUCAUACUUGGAAAUGUACAGGUGGGCUUGCUUACAUUCUCACAAAAUUCAAAAUACUCUCCAUUCCACACUAGAAUCAUGUAAUACCAUUUGGGUUGUACUGCUUUUGGUGCCAGUGAUUUUUAUGGCCAUUAAUGAUUUUGUUAGUGUACAAUGCUGUAUUAGCUAAUGUUUGUUGGUUCUUGAAUUUCAUCCUUGAAUCAUAAUUUUUCUUCCAAAAUUAAUUUCACCCUUCUGAUUAACCAGAAUGGUGUUGCAAUGGAUUUCUCACCAGAUAUUUUGAACAUUUUAUUUCUUUCAUUUCGUCAUGUGCUGUAUAUGGUAAUGGAUUACAUAUAUCCUCAUAGAUGCACCAUAAUUAAUUUGUAGCCAAACAGUAUAUAAUUAUGCAUUCUGUCUUUCUUACUUGUAAAAAAAAUAUAUCUUUCACAUGAAACUCAAGAUUUAGUUGAUUGAAAAUCAAGAAUAAAUAUUUAUGGAGAUAUUAAAAGAAGAUCUUUUGUAUUGGAUAGGCUUUUCCUUGAAAAUUUUUGUUUCUCCUUCAUAAGAUCUAUUUACUGUAGAAACAGAAAAUAAGAAAAACCAUGUUUACAUUGAGUACUGCUUAUACUGUAGAAGAAAGCAAAAGAAACUGUAAAUGACAAAUCUUGAAUAUAAAUUCAAGAAAGAAAUCUGGUCAGUCUGUUUUCAGGUUAUCUUUAAUUAUAAAAUUUUUGUAUGAUUGAUUAAGAAGGAUAUUUUCAGUUUCCAUUUAGAAUUCAUUCUUAUGGCCAUCGCUAUGGGACUUUUUACUCAAUGGUCUAGAAAAAUUAUAGCAAUACAUAUUGAUACCAGAAGAAAUUUAGUUCUCCAUUACUGCUUUACCUCUGAUUUCUUAUCUAUUUUGUUUAAUCACUGCCUACAGUAGUGAUAAAUUGAUAUGUUUAAUCAAUUUUUCCUUCAGUAGAGGUACAGUAUAUGUAAUUUUUUCAUUAUGCAACUGCUUUGUAUAUAUGUAUAGCUGAUGUGGUUUGGGAUUUCUCGUCUAUAGUUAUAGUUCUUUCUUCGUAUAUUCCUCAGUGCUAGAUAGUCAUUUGUUAAAGUUAGUCAAGGUAAAAAUGACUUUUAUGCAGGUAUUGUUUUUCAUGUGAUUUGGCUAACUUCUAUUGUCCAAAAAGAAAAAUUUAAACAGUAGUCUUACUUUAUCCAGUGAAAAGGAUUUUCAUUUUAUUUCCCAAACUUGUGGUAAAUGGUAGAAGCACAUCAGCCUCCCACUAUUCAGAUGAAUGCAUCUUCAUUUGCACUUCAGUAGUAUGGUAACAUAACUCCAUUAAUCAUAUUACAAGAGUUGGAAAGUCUUAGAAUAAGAGAAGUGGUUUGUAUCUGGUUAUUUUUGACUACUAGCAUUUUGUUAUGCUUAGUUUGAGUCCUUGCUACUUUUAUUGUACCUGAAAGUUAGAUGUUUGUUUCAUAUCACGUGGGGCAUCUCUCUCUCUCUCUCUCUCUCUCUCUCUCUCUCUCUCUCUCUCUCUCUCUCUCUCUCUCUCUCUCUCUCUACUUUUA